AUGCGAUAUCUACUUCCAUUCCUUUACAUUGCUCCUUUUGCACGCGCGCAUAUUGUAGCAUGGGUAAAGGGGAUGUACUGCGUCAAUGGUACAACCGGAACAGAAAAUCAAAACACAUAUGAUCCAGUUGUUCCGCUGUACAAUCUGACCAAGAGCGACUGGUGGAUGCACCACAGUAACAAGUGCGAUCAAUUUCCUCCCGCCCCUGGUGACUUUCUCGACAUCCCCAGUGGGGGAAAUUUCACGGUGGAACUUGCCGGUAACCGAGCGUUUACAACUCUGAGUUAUGGUGGCAGGCUCGUAACCGCUUGGGGUGACGGCAAGAAUCAUCCUGAUACGUACUCCAUCACGAAUUUGGGUGAUGAACCUGGCCCUUCUGGUUCUGGUUGUCUCCCGAGUCCCAAUCUACACGCCCAAAAUGAGACCAUGGCGGCAGGAACGGCAUUUGCUAUAUCUUAUCAGAGCGAACUUGCAAGGGUCACAUUGGAGAAUCUGGUGGUAUUCACCGUCCUUUACCACACACCGUUCAAGCGCCUGGCAACGUACAGUGUUCCGGCAGGUAUGCCAAGCUGUCCUCCUGAAGGUUGCAUAUGCACAUGGCUUUGGGUACCUGAUCAUUGUGGCGAGCCGAACAUUUACAUGCACCCGUAUCGCUGCAAGGUCUCAGGCCGGACUGGAACCCGAAAGCUUGCUACCGCAAAGCCUCCUGUUUGGUGCGAGGAUGAUCAGACGAAGUGCGUGAAGGGUGCAAAACAAAUGGUCGCUUGGAACCAGCUCGAUGGAAAUAAUGUCAUCCUGACGGGGAAGCAGAGGGAUGGCCUGUCGAAGUCUCCUGGAUACAACAUGAAGAUGGGAUUCUCCAAUGGUGCACAGACGGAUAUCUUUGAGCCCGUGGUCACCACUACCCCAAGUUCGACAGUAACGACAACGGCAACAUCAAAGAUAGUCAAGACAGGAGUUGCCUGUGUCUCAAUGACCCCGGUUACGCUGGCCAAAAGACAUAACAAUCGACUUCUUGGUCACUGA